UCCGCACGCAUAAUUGUCGUCGAUGCCGGAGCGCGAGCAAUAGUAGCAUACAUAGGAGCAGCAAGCAGCAUCACAGAGAGCCGCAGCAGCAGUUCCGUAGCCGCAGCAGCUCACCGAGUGUCGACGGCGUGCAUCAGCGCUCGCACUCGUCCGAGCUUCGCUGAGAUUCUCUCGUCGCGUCGCGAAGAUAAAAAUAAAAAUAACAUCCGUCAGUCUAACCCCCGCGUUGGUGUGUACACAAAGUCUCAGCAGUCCAGCGACAACCGGAGCGUCGCCGAGCUUCGUUGUCUGCUCUUGAAUAUCUCUCCCUCUGCAUAGUUGUGCGUUCUGACAGUGUGUGCAUCGAUUCGGGAAGUUCAAGAUUCACCGUUGAGGUGCAGCGUGCGUGCGAGGAGUCAGUGAUUUAGAGAAGAAGAAGAAGAAGAAGAUUAAGAAAAAAAGGUGUGCGUCUGUGUGUCAGUGGGUGCAUCAUCUCGCUCUGUUAUGUGCAUGUGCAUGAGUGUCCAGUGCUGCUGAGAGAGAAAGAAUCCGCAUAUCUCGGCGAGGAGCAGCUCUGCCAGCUUAUGCAUAUCUCUCUCGAGGGGAGAAGCCGAGGAAGUAACAAAUGUGAAAAGAAGCAUUAGGACAACGACGACGGAGUGCACUUCCUGCUUCGCUGCUCGCGCUCUGUUGUGUUUUGCAUGUUUUGUGAGAAAAGUCCGAAAGGUUUUAUUCAAGGAGCUUAAUAGUCAGCCAAAGCAAGAUGUGGCGAAAUUCUCCCGUAGGAGGCGGGAGUCUUCGAUCCGCUAUUUUACUUUUUAUUUCAUCGAUGUUUAUGCUUGCUGUUUCGGCGGAGGACGAAACAAUGGGCCCAAUAUUUGUCAAGGAGCCGCCUAAUCGCGUUGACUUUUCAAACGGAACUGGAGCUGUGAUUGAAUGCCAAGCUAGAGGAAAUCCUCAACCUGAUAUCAUUUGGAUUCGCGCUGAUGGAACCGCUGUUGGAGAUGUUCCUGGACUACGUCAAGUCCUACCCAACGGCAAUCUAGUCUUUCCACCAUUUAGAGCCGAAGAUUAUCGCCAAGAAGUUCACGCACAAGUUUACAUUUGUCUUGCUAAAAAUCCCGUUGGUUCCAUCCACAGCCGCGAUGUAAAUGUCAGAGCCGUGGUCGCGCAGUACUACGAUACCGACGUAAAUAAAGAGUACGCGAUUCGAGGAAACAGUGCUGUACUGAAGUGCGUCGUGCCGUCGUUCGUCGCCGAUUUUGUGACUGUUUUGUCAUGGCAUACCGACCAGGGAGAGAAAUUUGUACGAAAUACCGACGGCACUGAAGAUUAUGAUGGCAAAUAUCUCGUACUUCCAUCUGGAGAAUUGCACAUUAAGGACGUGGGGCCAGAAGACGGAUACAAGACCUACCAAUGCCGAACUAAACAUAGACUUACCGGAGAAACAAGACUUUCUGCUACCAAAGGACGAUUGGUCAUUACCGAGCCGACUAGUAAUGUAGCGCCGAGAAUAGCUGGCGAGCGAUACGAAGGUGGCCGAUUGGUCAGUGUUUCCACGGGAAACGUCGUUGCUCUGAUUUGCGCAGUUCAAGGAUCGCCGGCUCCUAUUCAGAGAUGGUACAAAUUCAUCGAAGGAACAUCUCGUCGCCAACCGGUCCCACUAAACGAGCGUGUGCGCCAGGUUAGUGGCACCUUGAUCAUUCUGGAAGCUCAGGUCGAAGAUUCUGGCAAGUACCUGUGCGUCGUCAAUAACUCGGUGGGUGGUGAGAGCGUCGAGACAGUCCUCACCGUCACCGCACCUUUAUCCGCCGAGAUCGAGCCCCGAAGCCAAACCAUCGACUUCGGUAGACCUGCUACGUUCACCUGUAAUAUCAAGGGUAAUCCAAUCAAGACCAUCUCCUGGUUGAAGGAUGGCAAGCCUCUGGGACAUGAAGAGACCACGCUGAGAAUCGAAAGCGUAAAGAAGGAUGAUAAGGGAAUGUACCAAUGCUUCAUAAGAAAUGAUCAGGAAAGCGCACAGGCUACGGCUGAGUUAAAACUGGGAGGAAGAUUCGAACCACCUCAGAUCCGCUCCGCUUUCCACGAAGAGACACUGCAGCCUGGACCCAGUGUCUACCUCAAGUGCACCGCUAGCGGAAACCCGACUCCCGAGAUCACCUGGGAACUCGACGGCAAAAGACUGUCGAAUACGGAACGAUUCCAAGUAGGACAAUACGUUACCGUCAAUGGCGAUGUUGUUUCCAAUCUCAACAUUUCCAGCAUUCAUACGAACGACGGUGGAUUAUACAAGUGUAUUGCCUCAUCCAAAGUCGGAUCAGCCGAACACUCAGCACGUCUCAACGUGUAUGGUCUUCCCUUCAUCAGACACAUGGACAAGAAAGCUAUCGUUGCUGGUGAGACGCUGCGGGUCACCUGCCCAGUAGCUGGUCAUCCCAUCGAGAGCAUCGUCUGGGAACGAGACACUCGUGUGCUGCCCAUCAACCGUAAACAAAAAGUCUUCCCCAACGGCACCUUGAUCAUCGAAAACGUUGAGCGCUCGACCGAUCAAGCCACCUACACCUGCGUCGCUCGUAAUGCUCAAGGUUACAGCGCCAGGGGCACUCUUGAAGUUCAAGUAAUGGUUCCACCACAAGUCGCGCCAGUGACUAUAGGAGACGAACCCGCGAAUUGGGGAGAGCAGGUCUCAGCGACUUGCAAUGUUUUAAAGGGCGAUUAUCCGAUCGAGAUACAAUGGACUUUAAACGGCGAAGCAAUAACGCCGACAUCGCAUCCAGAUAUCAGCAUUACGACGAGCGGGAAGAAAAUAUCGUUUCUCGUUAUCGAUUCGGUUUCGGCUCACCACGCUGGAGAGUACGCGUGUAUCGCUACUAAUUUAGCGGGGUCUACCAGUCGUAGUGCCAUUCUAGCAGUCAAUGUACCCCCGCGUUGGAUUCUGGAGCCUACCGAUAAAGCAUUUGCUCAAGGCUCAGACGCUCGCGUCGAGUGUAAAGCCGAUGGGUUCCCCAAGCCCCAGGUCACAUGGAAGAGGGCUGCCGGUGACACCCCCGGAGACUAUACCGAUCUCAAGCUGAAUAACCCUGACAUCAGCGUCGAGGACGGUACUCUCAUGAUCAACAACAUCCAAAAGACUAACGAGGGAUACUACCUCUGCGAAGCCGUCAACGGAAUCGGCUCUGGACUGUCUGCCGUGAUCCUGAUUUCCGUACAAGCACCACCACACUUCGAGAUCAAGCUGCGCAACCAAACAGCUCGUCGCGGCGAGCCAGCGGUGCUGCAGUGCGAAGCCCAGGGUGAGAAGCCGAUCGGCAUCCUCUGGAACAUGAACAACAAGCGUCUGGACCCGAAGAGCGACUCUCGCUACACCAUCCGCGAGGAGAUCAUGGGCAACGGUGUCCUGUCCGAUCUCAGCAUCAAGAGAACCGAGAGAAGCGACUCAGCUCUCUUCACCUGCGUUGCUACCAAUGCCUUCGGAAGCGACGAUACGAGUAUCAACAUGAUAGUUCAAGAGGUGCCCGAAGUCCCCUACGGCCUAAAAGUCUUAGACAAGUCAGGCCGUUCCGUCCAGCUUUCCUGGGCAGCUCCUUACGACGGAAACAGUCCGAUCAAGCGCUACGUCAUCGAGUACAAGAUCAGCAAGGGCUCUUGGGAAACCGAUAUCGAUAGAGUCGUGGUACCUGGAUCCCAGCAGAACGUUGCCGGCGUUUUUAAUCUGAAGCCCGCUACGACCUACCAUCUGAGAAUCGUUGCUGAGAACGAGAUCGGAGUCUCCGAACCUUCAGAUACCGUAACCAUCAUCACGGCCGAAGAGGCACCCUCUGGUCCUCCAAGCUCCGUUCGCGUUGAUGCAUUGGAUCAGCAUACCCUCAAGGUUUCAUGGAAGCCACCCGCGCGCGACGACUGGAACGGCGAGAUCCUCGGCUACUACGUCGGCUAUCGCCUUGCUUCCUCGUCCGACAAACCCUACAUGUUCGAGACCGUCGAAUUCUCGAAGGAAGACGGCAAGGAGCAUCACUUGCAGAUCAUGAACCUCAAGACUUACACUCAAUACAGCGUUGUCGUCCAGGCCUUCAACAAGGUCGGAUCCGGACCAAUGAGCGAGGAGAGACGUCAGCAUACUGCUGAAGGAGUACCCGAGCAGCCACCUCACGAUACCACUUGCACAACCUUGACCUCUCAGACCAUCCGCGUGUCAUGGUCCUCCCCACCGCUCUCCGCUGCCAACGGUGUCAUCACUGGCUACAAGAUCAUCUACGGACCAUCCGAAUCUUGGCACGACGAGAAUACCAAGGACACCAAGAUCACUUCUUCCAGCGAGACCAUUUUGCAUGGUUUGAAGAAGUUCACUAACUACAGUAUGCAGAUUCUCGCAUUCACCUCAGGAGGUGACGGUGUUAAGUCCGCUCCUAUUCACUGUCAAACCGAACAAGAUGCUCCUGAGGCUCCAACCGCUAUCAAGGCUCUGGUUAUGUCUGCCGAUUCGAUCCUCGUUUCCUGGCGUCCACCAACCCAACCUAACGGUGUCAUCUCACAGUACACCGUCUAUACGAAAGCAAACAACUCCGAGCAGGCGGUUAGCCAGAAGGUACCACCAACUCAACUGACUCACGAGGUAUCAGGGUUAAGCGAAAACCGUCGUUACGAUUUCUGGGUUACGGCCAGCACUAACAUAGGCGAGGGACAAACAUCGAAGAUCGUUAAUCUUGCUCCCAGUGGAAGCGUACCGGCCAAAAUUGCGUCCUUCGAUGACAAGUUUGUGGCUACCUACAAGGAGGAUGUGAAACUGCCAUGCCUAGCCGUUGGAGUUCCAGCUCCAGAGGUUACAUGGAAGGUUCGCGGAGUCAAGCUCGCGCCUACUGAUCGUCUACGACAACUGCCCGAAGGAUCCCUUUUCAUCAAGGAGGUUGAUCGCACCGAUGCCGGAGAGUACUCUUGCUACGUUGAGAACACCUUUGGUCACGAUACCGUAACUCAUCAGCUCGUUGUGCACGCUCCACCACACUCCCCGCAAGUAACGCUGACCGCCACGACCACCAACUCGCUGACCAUGAAGCUGCGUCCUCACCCGACCGAUAAUGCUCCCAUCCAUGGAUACACCAUCCACUAUAAGCCUGAAUUUGGAGACUGGGAAACUGUGCAGAUCAGCUCGACCGCUCUGAAGUACACUCUGGAGAACCUCUGGUGCGGAUCGCGCUACCAGAUCUACGUUACCGCCUACAACGCAAUCGGUAUGGGCGAACCAUCGGACAUCCUCAACACUCGUACGAAGGGCUCGAAACCCAUCAUUCCCGAGGCUGCUAGAUUCAUCGAAGUUUCCACCAAGAGCAUUACGCUGCACCUUCACGCUUGGUCCGACGGCGGAUGCCCCAUGUUAUACUUCGUCGUUGAGCACAAGAAAAAGCACCAGCAAGAGUGGAACCAGGUGUCGAACAACGUUAAGCCAGGCGGCAACUUCGUCGUCAUGGAUCUGGACCCCGCUAGCUGGUAUCACCUUCGAGUAACGGCGCACAAUAACGCCGGCUUUGCCGUUGCCGAGUACGAAUUUGCAACCCUCACCGUUACUGGAAGUACUAUCGCGCCGCCGAUUCUCAGCGGAGGCUCCGGUGACUCAGAGAAGAACGGAGGCGAGGAUGGAGACGUGCGCCGGUUCUUCCCGUGGCUGCCAGUCUGGUUCGACAUCAACGUCAUCGUGCCUGUGGGAGCGACCAUCGUUGUCAUCAUCGUUGGCAUCGUCGUCAUCUGCGUUGCCCUGUCCAGAAGAACCCGUGGUCCCGAACAGACCAGACUGCGCGGCAUCUCGUCGUCCGACGAGAAAUAUUACGAAGGCCAAUAUGACGUAGUGUACCAGCAGACCGGAGUGGUUGGAGCGACGCUGGACAAGAGAAGACCUGACCUGCGUGACGAGCUGGGUUACAUCGCGCCACCCAAUCGCAAGCUACCCCCUGUACCCGGUUCCAAUUACAACACAUGCGACCGCAUCAAGCGAGGCACCGUCAUAAGUCGGAACGGCUCGGUAAGGAGCCAUCAUGCCACUUGGGACCCGAGGAGACACAUGUACGAGGAGUUGAGUCAUUACGCGCCGACGAGGAGGUGUCCGCCGCCGCCGCCCAACGCCAGCACCGAUCAGCUCAACCACCGAGGUAUGGAGGACGAGAUUUGCCCGUACGCGACGUUCCAUUUGCUGGGCUUCCGCGAGGAGAUGGACCCGAGCAAGGCGAUGCAGUUCCAGACCUUCCCACACCCGGCUAACGGACACUCGGGCACGAUGGGACCGGCCGUAGGACACCCGACCAAUUCAUCAGCGCACAGCCGAUCUGGCUCCCAGUCGAUGCCACGACAGAACGGCGGCCGCUACUCACGAGUGCCAUCGCAGGGCGGCAGCACCGGAGGCAACACUAACAUCUUCACGCCAGAAUACGACGACCCGGCCAACUGUGCUCCCGAGGAGGACCAAUACGGCUCGCAGUACGGACAGUACGGAGCACCCUACGAUCACUACGGAUCACGAGGCUCUGUGGGCCGCAGGUCCGUCGGCUCGCUGCGCAACCUGCCUGUCUCGAACUCACCCGAACCUCCACCACCACCACCACGAAACCACGACCAGAACAACUCGAGCUUUAACGAUAGCAAGGAGAGCACCGACAUCAACGAUCAGGAUGACCGCGACCAGUUGAUACGCAACUACGGUGCUCAUGGCAAGGAUGUCAAGGCGGCAGAGGAGAUGCGUAAGCUCAUUGAAAGAAACGAAGCCACCAAGCAAAGCAGCUUCGGGAACCACGCAGGACUCCUCGCACCCUACGAUACUGUGGCAGUGUAAUCUGUAAGCUCCUCGACUGCAAUCCAUCGGCGAUCUUCAUUUUCUUAACCAGGACUGUCCUUAAACUGCCAAUUUUUCCACUUCUUACAUAAUAUCUCGACAUCAAUUGUUAUAGUCCAUUUAUUGUGAAACUCCAUGAUAAAAGACUUAUCAUGACUUAUAUGACGCUGACGCAUAUUGUCCUCGUUUAUACUAUAUUAUACACGUACAAUAUAUAUGUAUAAUAUGGCGAGUUCGAUUCGACGAAUUAGCGAAUUCGUUUUGGCACAAAAAGUAAGAGAGGGGAGGGGGGAGUAAGAGGAAGGGAAAGAGAGUCGAGAAAUCAUUACAGCCGCGAGAGAGUCGAUGACUUAUAACUUAAGGGUAUCCGUGGAAGGAGAGCGGGAAUGAGGAGAUACGCGCAACUUUGCCAAAUGACGCUCGAGGAGUUGUAGGAAAAUUAAACUUUAACUUGACAGAACGGCAGAAAUAAGCGAACGCGUAACACGACACUUGGACAGCGUUGCAACGACUAAUUAUACUAAGUUUAAGCGUAGAACCGAGAUAUGGAGCAGAGUAAAAACGUUAAAUGCUAAAGAAAAACUAAGGAUCGAAACUAGCUGGUUGUGUUAGUCUCUAUAAUCGCAGAGCAACGCGUAUUUCGUAUCGAUAAUCAACGUUAAUUAAGCGAGUGUGACUAUAGCGUACAAAUCAGUGAGGGGAUUGGCAAAGUAGGUCGUCGCUCGCUCUCGCCUCCGUCCGAUGGCUCGUCUUGGCUUUUCGUUGUCACACGAGUAUAUAAUGGACGCGAAGCAAUAUCCUUAAAUAACAAAGCCCUGAUUUCGUUUCGUUCGCCGAUCGGCGAGUAUAUUAUGCACACAAUCACGCGACGGACGGACGGAGUUGAUGUACAUAAAGCAAGACUAGCGGACGGAGGCAGAGCCGAUCGAGGCUCGCGCGGACACACGUGUCGUUUUCGUUUGCCUAUAACUAUAUAUUAUAAACGAAGACGCGUUUUCGACUACUCGAGAGCACAUGCUACGGUGGGUGAGGGGGCGAAGGGGAGUAAGUAUGUAAUCAUGGUUGUGCCGACUGCCACAUUUUACGUAGGCAAUUCUUUCGUUUCCUUUCGGCGAUCAUUCUAUACGUGUAUAGGUAGUGCUCGUUUCCGAACGAGCAGCCGCCGCGUCGAGAAGCAGAUAAUUAACAGAAGAAAAAAAACGUCGGGAUUGGGGGGAAAAGUUGAUUUUAGCGCGCAAGUGUGGGAACGCGUUGUGUCCUAUUGAGCGAGUAUAUAAACGAGCAUCAUCGUCGCGGGCCGAAUAGUCGAGGAGAAAAAAGCUGACACUUGCUCGAAUUCGAGGGACAGUCGCGUGGACAGGGGAAGUUCGACUAUGAAAGAAGAAUGAGAAAAGCAGAGAAUAAUUCGGGGACGAUAGGCAAGGGCCGACGAUGAUGCGCGUGUAAUUAAACGAUACAUUACCCAAUAAGCAGCUGAUGGUAGAAAUGUAAUAUCUAUCUAUUAAUAAAUCUACGUAGCUAGGCGUAAGCGGGACGGAUGGUCGCGAGCGAGUACCAUAUCGACAGAGAGGCGAGGAAUAAAAGUGAGAGCGACGAAUUUCGGAGCGAAGGAGUCGAUGUGGUGCGAGUCUCAUAGUUUGUUUUUAUGAUGAUAAUACUUUUUAAAAAAUCGUAUGAGUAUAUGAUAUUGUAGGUGUCGUAAUGCAUUAAUUCGUUUCUUCGUGUGCCAUGCUUUUAUUCUCACUCAAAGGAAAAGCCAUUAAACUGCAAUUCAGGACCGGACCCACACUACUCUCGUAUAUUUGUAUAAGUAUUCAAUUACGACGAUGUGUCUUUUCGACUAGCCAUGGCUCGACUUGUCAAAGAGAAAAGCUGAUAGAGGAGCGCUUUUGACGAAAUAUUCCUUUUCCGAGUGAACGGUGAAUAACACGGAGAGAAUUAUUUUUGAAAAAAGGCGGAGAGUGUCGCUCGCGACGAGAUGAGAGAGGGCGAAAAAAAGAAAAACAAUAUAAGAAAUAAGAAACAAGUCGAGCGUAUACAUAUGGCAGGUGUAUUGCUUCCAAUUAAAGUAUAUAGACCGGGAUAAUAGGAGAAAGCUUUAUGUUUCACACGUAUACCGAGUUAUCUCGCACACAUAACUAACACACAGCCACUGUAUUAAGAGCCAUGAAAAGAAUAAUCAAACUAAUCUCCUUGUAUCGUCAUAAUUAAUUAAACGUGAUAUUAUCAUUCAUCGAUUUAACUUACUGCGGCGUGAAACUUUUCGUGUCUAUAGUGUCUAACCAUCGGAUGUAGCCAGCAAAAUGAUAAAAAAAUUUAAAGCGUAAUAAAUUAAGUAAGCAACAAAAAAAAUUACCUAUAAAUAUAUAAAUAUAUAUAUAUAUAUAAAUAUGCGGAGCGAAACGACAGGCUAAGAAUUGAAGACAAAAGUAUAAAGUUGCGAAAAAUAAAAACGUCGCUUAUCUCCAUCACCGAAUCCACCAACCGUAUAAAAGCAAGGGCUUAAACUAUAAUGAAGCAGCAUUUAACAAUUAAACGACAAAAACCACUCUUAUACACGCAAUUCUCUCCUCUAUGGAUUAACUCUAGCUUAAAAACGAGAAAAAAUUAUAAAAUUAAAAAACCUAUACCAGAACAAGAAUUAAUAAUAGAAAACAAAAUAAAGCGGCUUUUUGCGUGAAUGUGUAUUUUUUUGCGAUUCGCGACUGUUACAAGUAAAGGCAAUAAGAAAAAAAAACGAUGACUUGUGUGCGACUGACUGCAUGCCUGUCAGAGAUAGCAUGUCCGCGGACGGUAUUCGAGAAGGAGAGGAAAAGAAAGGGAUACCAAGGGGAGCCUUUAACGACUUUUACUUUCAGCAGGAUUUUGAAAGCUACUAUACGACAAAUCUCGUUUCCUUUGCGUAUGCCCCAUAUACAAUGACAUAGCCAAAACCGGACACGCGAUAAUAGAAUCAGUGCAGCUGGUAUAUACAAAAACGCUUUUUGAAUAAAAAUUCAACAUAAUCGCGCGCAAAUUGAAAUUCCCGGAGCUUUAACUGACGGUGAGAAGGUAUAGUGCGGGUGAUGAAUUGAACGCGAAGACGACAAAGUCGAGGGAGUGAGUGAAGAGCAGGGAAACGAGGAUAUGCAAGCAUGAAUUUUCUUUGUAAACCUAUAUUAAUUCGCAAAAAUACAACUCGUGGAAGUCGCUUAUUGCAUAACGUACGUCUCUUUGUUAUUUGUUAUUUAUAUAUGCUUUAAUAUAGAAGUACUCAGCUAUUUGUUUUACUUUUUUGUCGAUUGUUAAUAAUAUUCGUAACGAUAAUGGUAAUAUGUAUAUUAUAAUUUAUUUAAGUGAAAAAUGUGAAAUACUCGCGUAAUCAUUACCAAAAUGUUCGAUUUCUGCCCUUUAUAUGUAUCGUAUUAUACGAAAAUGAAAAAAACAAUAGGAAAAAAACAAAUUUUUCUCGUACUCUCUUUCAUAACGCAGUGUGAUUACUUUGUUUUUAUACCAAAGUUGUAAUAUCUAAUUUGAAGUUAAAUAAACAAACAAUUGAAAUCCAA